AACUCCAUAGCGCCACCAUCGAUCAAGGCCAUGGAGAUCCCGCUCCCAUACUACGCCUUGCUCUUCUUGCUGUCUCCUCUCCUUCCUCUCUUCCUCCUGCACUUGCUCUCCUCCCGUGGCAAUUCCAGCAAUGGCGGCAAUCCGAAGCCCAAGCCCAUCCCGAGCCCGCCGGGCCUCCCAAUCUUCGGCCACCUCCACCUCCUCAAGAAACCCCUCCACCGCUCCCUGGCCGCCCUCGCCGCGCGCCACGGCGGCGACACGGGCCUCCUCCUCCUCCGCUUCGGCAAAAAGCCCGUGGUCCUCGUCUCGUCCCCGGCCGUCGCCGAGGAGUGCUUCACGGCCCACGACGUGGCCCUCGCGGACCGGCCCGGGCUCGCGUCGGGCCGCCUGCUCACGGCCGGCUGCCCCAGCAUCGCCAUGGCCCGCUACGGCCCGCUCUGGCGCGCCCUCCGCCGCGCCGCCACCGUGCACGCGCUCUGCCCGCGCCGCCUCGCGCUCUCGGCCCCCGCGCGCGACGCCGAGGCGCGCGCCAUGGCCACCAAGCUCUGGAGGCUCGCCACUGCAGGCACCGGCGCCAUGGUCGGCGUGAAGGCGGCGGCGAACGAGUUCGUGGUGAACGCGAUCGUGGCCAUGGCCGCUGGAGGGAGGCGGAUGGGGGAAGGCGAGGUGCGGAGGUUCGUGGAGAUGACGGAGGCCGGGAUGGCGGCGGCGGGCGCGGCGAACCGGCAGGAUUUCUUGCCGGCGCUGAGGGCGGUGGACUUCGGGAGGACGGCCAGGAGGCUCGCGGGGCUCGCCGAGGAGCGCCUCGCGUUCGGCCAGCGGAUCAUCGACGAGUACAAGCAGAGCGGAGCCGCCGGGAGCUUGUCGGAGCCGAGGAGGAGGACGCUGAUCGGCGACCUGCUCCGGCAGCAGGAGCAGGAGCCGGAGUCGUGCGGCGACGCCGUCAUCCGCGGCACCUUGCUGAGCAUGCUGCAAGCAGGGACGGACACGUCAUCCAGCGCGAUCGAGUGGGCCAUGGCGCUCCUCCUCAACAACCCGACAUCGCUCGCAAAAGCCACGGCCGAGAUCGACACCGUCGUGGGCGCAUCCCGUUUGCUCCAGGAACGUGACCUUGCCGUGCUCCCUUACCUCCGAGGAGUCGUCGCCGAGACCCUCCGGUUGUACCCUGCCGCCCCGAACCUCGUCCCGCACGAGGCGUCGAGCGACUGCGGCAUCGCCGGAGGGAAGCACGUCAUCCCACGCGGCACCAUGGUGUUGGUCGACGUGUACUCGAUGCAGCGUGACCCCGCCUCGUGGGAGGACCCGGAAAAGUUCAUGCCGGAGAGGUUCGCCGGCGGAGAGUUUGACGAUGUCGAUGCCGGCGGGGACGGGAGGCGAAUGAUGAUGAUGAUGCCAUUUGGGAUGGGUCGGCGGAAGUGCCCCGGGGAGGUGCUCGCGUGGAGGACGGUGGGAGUGGCGCUAGGAGUGAUGUUGCAGUGCUUGGAAUGGGGAAGGGUGGGGGAUGAGAAGGUGGACAUGAGCGAGGAGUCGGGUCUCACCAUGCACAUGGCCGUGCCUCUUGUGGCCAUGUGCCGACCCCGUCAAGAGAUGGGUGCCGUGCUUCGGAGUCUCCAGACGGUUUAGAUGAAACUCGCCUCCCCUGUUUCAGCAUUGAUUCUCCUUUGCUCAUACCCAACCAAGUGCAGCUGAAGCAACGAGCAAUUUCCUUGGGCUUCUCUUUGUUUUAGCAACACUAGCGAGGAGCCCGUGCGAUGCCACGGAACAACAAAAGCUGAGGUAACACGUGUCAAGAUCUAAUAGGCCAAGAGGGGGUGAAGUGUUUAACAUGUGAUCGGCCAACAUGUUAAAUUUGAAACAUUAUGCAAUAUUUAAAAGCUGAAGCCAAUUUCUUAUUUAAUAUAAAAUAAUAGUUUGUUUCUCAUUUGCCAUUUCAUACCAAAUAUUACAUAUAUCAUACACCCAAAUAACCCCCAAUGCUACAAUACUAAAUCCCCAUGUACCAAAAUCACAAACAUAGAUUCUCAAAUACUCCCUCCGUUGAACUAAAACAACAACAACAAUUUAGGAUCGUUGGGAGUAACUGCAUGGAUGUUUUCUUUCUUAUAGCCGACUUGUCAUCAAAGCUAAUAUGCUCCUUCUCUGCUGAACCUCUUCCAAGUUAGAUGACAUAUCAACCUGACAUCAUGCAAAUAAGAAAUGGAUACGAAUUAACAAAGUUCAGACAACAAAUACUAUUACCAUGUAAAAAACAUUUUAAAAAAAGAACUUGAGCCUUCUAUCUUGUUACAGUUGUAAUCUGAAUACUGCUAACUGCUAAGACUUUGUGAUCCAAAAUCCUCAAAACAGUGAACAUGUACAUGAAGCUCUAUGCUAUAGCUGCUUACAAUGACAGAGUAAAGAUUUAUAUAGUUUGCACA